AUGUUUUACCCUAGUAAAGGACUUUUACUACGUUUAACACUAGCUUGUACAAUAUUAGUGGUAUUAGGACAUAGUCACAGUCAUUCUAAUAGUGAUGAACCUCCGGCGUUUAAAUACUCCAAAACUGCAAACGAACAAACCAAAAAAGAAGAAGUGUUACUUGAACCAGAUUAUGAUUUAUACAUAAGAGCAUUAAGUUCAACUCUCUUUAUAAGUAUAGUACCAUUCUUCAUACUUUUCUACAUACCUAUCGACGGCACCGUCGAAAAACAGCCGCUACUUAAGAUCCUAUUGUCAUUUGCAUCCGGUGGUCUUCUCGGCGAUGCCUUUCUUCACCUAAUUCCUCACGCGCUUAUGUCAAGUGGUAGCCCUGGCGCACACAGUCACAGUCACUCACACAGUGAUGAAGAGCAUCAUGAACCUCAUGACAUUACUGUUGGCCUUGGAGUAUUGGGAGGAAUCAUAACAUUCUUAGUAGUUGAAAAAGCUGUGAGAUUAUUUGAUGGUGGACAUGGUCACUCUCAUGGAACAGACAAGAAAAAGUCUGAUGACAAGCAGAAGAAGAAGAACAAAGACAAAAAAGAAGAUAUCAAGAUUGCUGGUUAUUUAAACCUUGCUGCUGACUUCACUCAUAACUUUACUGAUGGCCUAGCAAUAGGUGCAUCUUAUAUUGCAGGGCAUAACAUUGGCCUCAUAACAACUGUAACAAUAUUUUUGCAUGAAAUCCCUCAUGAAAUUGGUGACUUUGCUAUACUUGUUCAGUCAGGCUGCUCUCGCAAGAAGGCAAUGAUGUUGCAACUGCUGACAGCUUUUGGUGCUGUGUCGGGCACAGUGCUCUCCAUAUAUCUCAGAGGUUCAAGUGAUGGUCUAGUUUCCUCACUCAUCUUGCCAUUUACUGCUGGGGGCUUCAUUUACAUUGCCACUGUAUCAGUUAUUCCAGAACUUUUAGAAGGUUCUAAUAAAUUUUCUCAAUCAAUUAAAGAAAUAGGGGCGCUCUUGGCAGGAGUUUAUAUGAUGGUAAUUAUUGCACAAUAUGAGUAG